GGCGAAACGUCGCGAGGGUUGUCAUGGACGAGUUCGCCGAUCUGAGAGACGGCAGUGGCGAUUGGCAAAACAUCCAAAGUGUGCUGCGAGGGACGUUUCAGCUGCUGUUGGAGAGCAAGCACCGCCAGGAGCGGCGAAUUGGUCAGCUGGAGCAGCGUAUCGAGGAGCUACAGCAGCAUGUGAACGCGAAACCUGACAAGUCGUUUGUCCAGCGCUCGAUCCAAAUGCACUGGAGCGCCGAUGAAAUCGACACAAAUGCUCACGCGAGGAAACAUCACCCCCCAGACGGUGGGGGUACUGAUGCCGCGCUGGCGAAAACGGUUGAAGUCCUUCAACACCAGAUCAAAGCGCUCGAUGAACGGGUUCUCGUCUCCUCGGACGCACACCUCUGUCUUGCCACGGAGCGUCGUGUGCAGUAUAUUGAGGAGGAGCUCCGCUUGAUUGUCCCGAUCAUAGAUAAAAAGGCCGACAUGGAAGCCAUCCAUGGAUGGCUGAGUCAAUCCAAGGACAAUUGGAAGGACGCGAUGAAGAAGCGCCUCAAGACGUCGACGUUCGAGCGGGAGGUUCAAAAGUGGAAUGCACGGAUGGACCAAAUCGAAGCGACCGUGAACGUCGUGCAGCAGCACACGGUGCCCGAAACGAAAGCCCAGUUGCACCAAAUGAGCACGAAAUUGCACCAACACGAAGCCACUUUGGCUCGACUGGCGUAUUUUGUACAGAAAGGCAGCGACGCUGCUGGACCGAGCCUGGCCGCGCUCCAAACUUCCGUGGCCGAGCUCGAUGCAAAGCUGCGCCACACCAUGACACAGACCAAGGCACAGACCGCCGACACUGUCGCACCUAGUGCUGAACCAGGCCAUGGCGACCUCCAGGCGAACAAGGCAGUUCACUCCAACGACGACCUAGCCAAGAAAAUCGACCUCCUCGAAACCCAACUCGCGGUUGCCACCACAAGGGAAGGCGCUAGGCCCUCACGCGACUCGGAGAAUGUGGCCGUCGUGGACGAAAAAGUGCACCAACUGACCGAAAUUCUUCAUGGCUUUGUUUCCGAUAUCCAGAUCGAAUUGGAGCAAAUGCAGGCGAAACAAGCCAACGCGAUCGCUUUGGAGCAGAGGGUCGGCAGCGCCGAAAUCGAGCUCGUACGAGUUUCGACCACCGUCCAAGAGCUCAUCACGGCAAUGUCGCAGCUGGUGCACCACCUUCCGUCCCCCGCGCCGACCCCGCACUCUCCGUCCCCGCCAGAGGUGGGAUUUCCCCCCGGUGCAUCUCCUUCGCCAUUGCUUGCUGACGAGACGGCCCAACUCCUCGAACUUGAAGCGCUGCUCGCCGCGUCCUGGCAAAACUACGACCCAGCGAUGGUGCUGGGGCCCCAAAGCCAACUCGAGCAAGUUCGAGACCAGCUCUCUGCCACGAUCAACGAACCAUCCACGCCCCUUCGCGACUUUCACCAGAUGCUGCAUCGUCCCCCGGACCCCCACGCCGGGGUUGCGCAAGCCUUGUCGGCUACGUUAGCCCAUUGCAACUCUCCGCGCAGUCAGUCGGCAAUACAACGGGAGGGAGUUCGUGCCCCCCUAUGAAUAUCACGCAUCAAAGCAUUCUUUGAC